AUGUUGGGAGACGAAGAUUUUUAUCUUUUCAAAAAUGUAUCUGAUGUUGGCCCCUGGGAUGGCCCUCAAUAUCAUAUUGCACCAAAAUGGGCAUUCAACCUUCAGGCAAUUUUUAUGGGUGUGGUGUUUAUCAUUGGCACACCCCUAAAUGCUGUGGUAUUGGUGGUAACAGUAAAAUACAAGAAACUCAGGCAGCCACUCAACUACAUCCUAGUGAACAUCUCGGGGGCUGGGCUCCUCAUCUGCCUGUUCUCCAUUUUCGUUGUUUUCGUUUCCAGCUGCCAGGGGUAUUUUGUUUUUGGGAAGACGGUUUGCAAUCUAGAGGGCUUCAUGGGCACACUCUCAGGUCUGGUCACUGGCUGGUCACUCGCAUUCCUGGCCUUUGAAAGAUACAUUGUUAUCUGCAAACCGAUGGGAAACUUUUGCUUCAGCUCUAAACACGCAUUGGCUGUUGUCCUGUGCACGUGGAUCAUUGGUUUGGGGGUAUCGUUGCCCCCCUUCUUUGGCUGGAGCAGGUAUAUCCCAGAAGGCUUACAGUGCUCCUGUGGUCCAGACUGGUACACUGUUGGUACUAAGUAUCGCAGUGAAUAUUACACAUGGUUCAUAUUCAUCUUCUGCUUUAUUAUACCCUUGAGCCUGAUCUGCUUCUCAUAUGCCCAGUUACUGGGGGCCCUGCGGGCGGUUGCUGCACAGCAACGAGAAUCUGCCAGCACACAGAAGGCAGAACGGGAAGUGUCCCGCAUGGUAAUAGUCAUGAUUGGAUCCUUCUGUCUGUGUUAUGUCCCUUAUGCAGCUAUGGCAAUGUAUAUGGUAACUAACCGAAACCACGGACUAGAUCUUCGUCUGGUAACCAUCCCUGCUUUUUUUUCCAAGAGCGCCUGUGUCUACAAUCCCGUCAUAUACUCUUUCAUGAACAAACAGUUCCGUGGAUGCAUCUUGGAGACAGUAUGUGGGAGACCUAUGACAGAUGAUUCUUCAGUCUCUACCAGUCAAAAAACCGAGGUCUCUACAGUAUCCCAGAGCCAGGUCAGCCCUUCCUCCAGCUAAUGACCAGCAGAAACUGAGGGAUGCACCACUGCUUCAUCACCACAUCUGGUCAAGUUUUAAGUGGUACUCCAAUAAAAAAAAAAAAUACUCUAA